CUGUUUUGUGUUCAGUCCUGGACGAAUCACUCUACAUUAAGGUUUCAACCAACAUCUUCUCUAUUUCAAAUCGGCAAGCUGCCUUUGCCCUCACAUUACGCCACGCUGGCGGAGCUUUCUGGUCGACCAGUCACACAACAACCACAACGAAGUUUUGUCUACAUGCUUACUCAACAGCCAAUUGUGAAAGAUGAGGAGCUCGUCAUUGCUGCCCCUAUCACAUGUCAACGUGGAGCAGGAAUACUCAAGUUCAGUUACUGGCUGAUUGGGGACCGAUCCGCCAUCGUCAAAGUCUGCACCCAAGACAGCCAAGCCAGAUCCUGCACUAAGUCCAUAGUCUACACGGAGACAUCGUUAGUGGCAGUGGAAGUGGUCCAUCCACAAGCGGCAGUGUUCGACGUUGAGAUCGCCAUCUCCAACAUCAGUCCAAGCCAACACUAUUCAUUCUUGACAACAUCGAGUACAAGGCUGACCUAUGCACGCGAUCAAAAAAUUGAAGCCGAACAUGCCGAAGUGAUUGAUGAAUUCUUCGAGGAAGGCGCCGACUCACCUCGUGAAGAAAACCGAAGCACCGACGCGCUCCGUACGGAAUCCAAGCGAGGAAUCAGUUCAUGA